CGUACAAACGUGAUCCGUUGGCGAGUACAACCUCGAAGCGUUCGUGUUUCGUGUGUUGUGACUCCUAAGAUCUGUUAUAAUUUUUCUCUCAAUUACAAUACGCGACUAAAAAACGUAACCAAUAAAUAUAUAACUAUUUUUUUUAUUUAUUUAUUUUUUUUACUGAAAAAUAUAUCGAGCACUGACGGGAGUGGAGAAAAAAAAAAAGUAAAUAAAAUAUGUGAGUUUUAAAUUUCGUUAGAAAAAAAAAAUUUUUUUACUCAACAUUUUUUUUUUUAUGUUUUAAAACCAUUUUACUGUAGAGUUUACGGGUGUGUGUUGUCUGUGUGCGUGUGUGCGCUUUAAUAUGCCGGGGAUUGUGCGACGUAAAUGCAAUUACAACUUGACGCUUGCUGAUAAAUUUAUCAUUUUUAUUAAUUAAAUAAUAUACAUACAUUUAUUUAAAUAUAUAUACAUAUACAUAUAUAUGUAUGUUUGAAAAAUAUUUUUUUUUUUUUUUAAUUUUAUUAGACUUGACAAAACUCCAUUUUUUUUAUUUGGAGAAUUUUUGGGGAAAAAAAAAAUUUUUCGAAAUUUUUAUUGUAAAAAUAGACUCGCGUACGGCGUUAUGGUGAUUUUUUUUUUCUAUGGGGUUAUUUGAAAUUUUGGCGGUGAUUAUUUGAAUUUUAAAUUAUUUAUUGUAAUUGGUGAAGAUUUUAAAAGUGAGGUUAGAAUUGACUGCCGGUUAAAGUGGAUCAUAACCUAGUAAUUUUAUAAAUUUGUGAUUUAGUGAUUUUUUAAACGAAAAAUUGUGUGGUGAUGUGUCGGCGAUUAAUUUUUUAAAAAAGUUACUAGAUUUUUAAAAAAAUCACUAGAAGUUACUAGAUUUUUAUCCACCAGAGGACGCCCCGACAAAAAAGUUACUAGAUGUGACACUGAAAAGUUACUAAAUUUAUCACAGAAAAGUUACUAGAGUUGCCGGCAAAAUUACUAGACUUAACACGGAAAAGUUACUAGAUUUAACAGGGAAAAGUUGCUAAAGGUGGUAUUGAAAAGUAACCAGAAGUUACUAGGUUUACACUAGGGGGCGCCUCUGGUAGAAAACUGACUACACGACACGCAUAAAACCUCACUAGGUCCAACACAAAAAAAGUUACUAAAAACGAAAAGUAACUAGACUUAACCUCGAAAACUAACUAGACUACUACCACCUUACUAGAUUUAACAUCGAAAAGUAACUAGGACGAAUACUAAAACCUUACUAGAUUCUAUGUCGGAAAGUUACUAGAGUUACCAAUAUAAAGUUACUAGAUGUGUGUUCAGUGAAGUUCAGAAAUAUGAAAAAAGUUACUAGCUUUUUUCACGAAAACCGACUACUUAUUUGUCACUAGAGAAGUACCAGGAAGAUACUAUUAGACUUAGAUAUAAUUUUUUAAAGAAAAAGUUACUGGUAUUUUUUACUAGAAAGUAAUCGGGCUCUUCGAAAAAGUUACUAGAUUUUGAUUAAGAGUUCUUAGAAUUCUGAUUUAAAAUUUGCGAUUUCUAGAUUAAUUUUAAAAAGUUUCUUGAUAGUAACUAGACUUAUUAUUGUCAAAAGAUUUGGUAAAAUUAUUAGACGAAGAAAAAUAUCUAGAGAAAUUUAACUUAAAAAACUGUAAUUGAAAAUAUGGAAAUUACUAGAUAUUGUAAAAAGUAACUAGAUAAGAAAGUUACUCGAUUUUGUAAACGACUUUUAUAUUUAUUGAGGAAUUGAUUGAUUAUAAGUUUGUAAAUGUGGUAAUAGGUUACUAGAUUUUUUACUUCUCCAAAAAAUUACUAGUUUUUGAUAAUAUAUAUAGAAGACAUUAUAAAUACUAGGGAAUUUGAAAAAGUGAGUGAUUUAUAAAUGGAAAAAAGUAACUAGGCCAAGGAAAAAUAAACAAUAGUGACAUCUAGUAUUCAAAGCCAAAAAAUAGAAAUAAUAAUUAGUACCAGGUGUGAUAAAAAAAUCCCUAGAGUAAUGGAUUGACAUCGUUCUAACCAAUGAUGAAGGCAAAUGGUACCAAUAAUGGUUGUAGCCGUUUGAAUACACCAUUAGCAGCUACAACCACGCUGGAGGACCCAGGAACACCAGCGUCGUGGAAGGGCCCACCGACAGGCUCUGAGGCGUCACCAUUUACCCCAAACUCGGUUAAUCAAGGCGGUGGACCUGGCGGUUAUUCCUCAGGAGGGCCAGGUGGUGGCGGUGGGAACCCUGGUUUUCAAGGGCCAAGUUCUUUUCCCGGUGGUGCUGGAAGUCCCGCCGGUGGACCUGGUUACCAGGGAGGACCGCCACCUGGUUCCGGAACCCCGCAGUACACUGCGUCCCCAGCACCCAGUGGGUCAUCUACACCCGGACCUGGACCACAAUCCAAUCCAGGGUUUCCACCACCACCAAAUAACUCAGGACUCUACAAUGGACCUGGACCGAGUCCAUUUGGAUCACCUUCAGGACCACCCCAGUUCGUUGGACGACCUGGGUCAUCUGGGCCACCUUUCGUACCACCAGGUGGGAAUCCGCACUUUCCAUCACCUGGACAAUUUCCUGGGCCACAGUAUGGAAUGCCACCAGGAAGUCCUUUCGGACCUGGACAUCCCAUGGGUGGACCAAUGGGACCUGGACAUCCGAUGAUGGGCCCCGGUGGUCCUAUGGAUAGAAUGGAUCAAGGAUCGUUACCUGUCCCCAGGAGGCACACUCCAUACUUUCAACAGCCGGAUAUCAGACUUUAUGAGCUCAACAAGAGGUUACAAUCACGAACUGAGGAAAGUGAUAAUCUUUGGUGGGAUUCAUUUGCAACGGAAUUUUUUGAAGACGAUGCGACAUUGACUCUCGCCUUUUGCCUUGAGGAUGGACCUAAAAGAUACAUGAUAGGAAGGACGUUAAUACCAAGGUACUUUCGCUCGAUAUUUGAGGGCGGUGUCACAGAGCUUUAUUAUCAUAUGAAACAUCCGAAAGAAUCGUUUCAUAAUACAAGUAUUACAUUAGAUUGUGAGCACUGUGUUAUGGUAACGCAUCAUGGGAAACCACCCUUCAUGAAGGCUUUUCAGGUGUGUACCGAAGGUAGACUAAUAUUAGAAUUCACAUUUGACGAUUUAAUGAGGAUAAAAUCGUGGCAUAUGACUGUGAGGACACACCGGGAAUUGGUACCGCGAUCCGUCGUCAGUAUGCACACAGCGCAGCAGGAUCCAUCAAUGCUCGAACAAUUGAGCAAAAAUAUUACGAGACAAGGCAUUACUAAUUCUACAUUAAAUUAUCUUAGGUUAUGUGUAAUAUUGGAACCAAUGCAGGAAUUAAUGUCGAGGCAUAAAGCCUACGCAUUAACACCCAGAGAUUGUUUGAAAACGACAUUGUUCCAGAAGUGGCAGAGGAUGGUUGCCCCGCCGGGUAAGAGAGAGUCACAGAGACCGGCAAACAAAAGAAGAAAGAGAAAAAAUAGUUCGACUGGACCUGGAAGUAAUGCGCCGCCAGCACCAAGUAAAAAACGUUCACCAGGACCAAAUUUUACAUUAGCAUCUCAAGAUGUUAUGGUAGUGGGUGAACCUUCGUUGAUGGGCGGUGAGUUUGGCGAAGAAGACGAACGGCUGAUAACGAGGCUAGAAAACGCACAAUAUGACGCGUCAAAUAGUCUGGAUCAGCAUGGGCAUGAUAACAGUGGGGGUGGUCCACCUCCACACCCACAUCAGUUCCAUUCAGAGCCUACUCCUGGUAAUUCUUGGCCGCCUGAUCGUGGUCCAGGGCCGCCACAAGGUGGUCCAGGUAAUCAAGUUCAAGGUAACCAAGGUAGCGCAGGCGUGCAAGGACCUCCCGACUCAAACCAACAGCAGGAUAAAAAGAGCCCCGCAGUGAGUCAGUGAGGCCAGGAGUCCCCGCGUCCUCCCACACGAGGGCGUCGGGGGCGCAGGCCCAAAAACGUGACUCCCUAGCGGGGCGUUAAUUUUAUAAAUUAUUCAGCCACAUCUACAGCAACUCAUUUGUCUCGUUACUUGUCGCAAAUUAAAUCAUUACCGUUACUUCCACCAUCAUCACCAUCACCACUAGCGACAUCUUCAUCGAUAUUACCACCAGCGUUGACGUCAUUAAUACCAACAAAUUUAAUGUCUAGUACUAAAAUAUCAUUAUCUUCACAGCAUUCACUUUAUUUAUGUCCUAGUACAUUUACGACUGUUAAUAAUAAUAAUAUUAAUAACAAUAACAAAAAUAAUAUUAAUGAUAAUAUUUAUAAUGAUAAUGAUAGUUAUAAUAUUAAUAACAUGAGUAAUCAAUUGAGACAGUCGAUUGCUGGUACAGGAGAAUCUGCAUUACCGACUGGGGAUCAUGUUAAUAUUAAUGGGAUACAAGAAUUGAAUAAUUUAAAUGGUAGUAAUAGUGUUAAUAUUAAUGAUAAUAAUAAUAAUAAUCAAAUAUUUAAUAAUAAUGUUAAUGAUAAUGUUAAUAAUAAUAAUAAUUAUGAUAAUAUUAAUAGUAAUAAUAAUAAUAAUAAUGAUAAUAAUAUUAAUAAUAAUAAUAAUAAUGGCGCUGGUGAGGAUGGUAAUAGAGAUCCGAUACAGAGCAUGAUACAGCAGCUGUGGUACUUGAGGGGGUUCGAGUAUUUGUUGAAUCAGAAACAGCAACAGUUUGGAAAUAUGUGAAUUUUUUUUUUUUUUUUUUUUUUUUUUUUUGAAUUUUGGAAUUUUUGGAAAAAUUGCUAGGAAAAUUUUUGGUUAGUUUGAAUUUUGGAGUUGGGAGAUGAGGUUGUGUAAUAUGGGAUUUAUUUGAAAAAUUUAUUGGAAAAUGGGGGAAAAUUGUGGAAAUUUAAUUUAGAAUUUACGGAAAAUCAUGGUUUUAUUUGACUUUAUAGAAAAUCUAUUGGGAAAUCUGAAAACAAUGGGGAAAUUUGUUUUAGAACCCGUGGAAAAUCUGGAAAAUUUAUCGUUUUUUUAGACUGUGGAAACGAAUUUCCACAAUUUUUUUAUUAAAUGAAAAUUCAACAGAAAAACUGUGAAAUUUGUUUUAGAAUUUAACGAAAAAUCUGGAAAAUUUAUGACUUUUCUAGACUGCGAAAAAUGAAUAGAAAAAUUGUGAAAAUUUGUUUUAGAAUAUACGGAAAAUCAUGAUCUCAAUCAACCUUAUGGAAAAUCUAUUGGGAAAUCUGAAAAUAAUAGGGAAAUUUGUUUUAGAAUCCAUGAAAAAUCUGGAAAAUUUAUAAGUUUUUCAGACUCUGUGGAAAAUUCAGUAGGAAAAUUGAGGUAACUUGUUUUAGAAUUAAUGGAUAUCUGGAAAAUUUAUAAUUUUUAGACUGCGGAAAAAUGAAUAUAAAAAAUGUGAAAAUUUGUUUUAGAAUCGAUGAAAAAUCUAGAAAAUUCGUGAUUUUUCUAGAUUUUGUCAAAAAUUUGAUGGAAAAAUUGUGAAAAUUUCCAGUAGUGAAUUUAUGAAAAAUUUAUUGGAAAAUUUGAAUAAUUCAUAAAAAUGUUUUAAGAUACACAGAAACUUCCAUAAAAAUUGAUGGAAAAUUUAUAAGAUUUCUGUCUGGAAAAUUCAUUUAUAAUUUUUGAAAAAAUUGUAAAUUUAAUUUAAACAAUUUUCUUAAGAAUUCAUGGAAAUUCCGAAGAAUUAAUAGAUUUUUUUUUCUAAUUAUGAAAAAUUUAUAUUUCUUUAAAUUUAUAUUUAUUUAAAUUUCAAGGAAAAUCAUUGAAAUUUUCCUAAACAUUUAUUUAUAAUUUUUUUUUAAAUUGUAAACGACCUUCGAUAAAUUCUUUGUAGCUUUUAUAAAAAAUGUCAAUUAGAAAUUGGAAAAAUACUGGAAAAUUUUUCCAGGAAUUAUAGAAAACUAAUUUAAAUUUUCGGAAAAUUGAGAAAAAUUUUAGUAAGAGAAAUGGAAAAUUAAAUGAUAAUCACGGCCAAAUUAUUACGACUUUUAAAGAAAAUUGUAAAUAAACUUUACGAAAAUCUAUUGGAAAACUAUUAAAGUCCAUAUAAAAUUUAUUUAUAAUUUUCAGGAAAAUUGUAAAUAAAUUUCACAAAAAAAUUCUGAUUUAUUUUUCUUGCAUUUUAUUCAAAGUUUUUUAAAAUUCGAAACUUUCAUUUUCCGUAAAAAAAAAUUUUUUCCUUCCGUAUUUCCAAAAAUUCAAAUAAAAACCUGAACAAAAUUCUAACCCCCAAAAAAAUUUGUAAAUAAACAAUCCCCAGUCGGUAAUGCAAAAAUCUAAAUCUACUUUACCAACUUUCGGUAAAUUUUCUCCAAUGAGACAAACAAAAACAAA